GGCUAGCUAGUGGUGAUACUUCUACCAAAUAUUUUCACUCUCUUGUUAAAGGAAAAAGAAGGCAAGCUAGCAUCAGAGAACUUAAAGACCAUUCAGGGAAGGUGCUGCUAGAUCCAGACCUUAUUGCUAAUUACAUUGCUAAUUACAUUUCCAAUCAUUAUGAAGCUACAUUCUCUAAGGACUAUAAUGGGAAUAUGGGGGACAUCAUUGCUAACAUUCCAACUGUUAUUAAUGACCUAGAUAACCAGUGUAUCACUACCCUCCCUCUCGAAGAAGAAAUCAAAGCAGCAAUAUGGCAACUCAAUCCCAACAGCUCUGCAGGUCCUGAUGGUUACAAUGGAGAAUUUUUCAGACACUUUUGGGAUAUCAUCAAGGCAUACCUUAUCAGUUCCACUCAUGAAUACUUUCAAGGCAUCCCCAUUCCUAUGGCUUUUAGAAGUACUAAUAUCACUCUUAUUCCCAAAGUGGAGGGAGCUAGAGAAAUUGGUGACUACAGACCUAUUGCUCUAUCUACCUUUUCUAGUAAGAUGCUGUCCAGGAUUGUGGCUAACAAACUUGGCCCUAUGCUUAAUAAAAUAAUCUCUCCUGAGCAAGCUGGUUUUCAAAAAGGGAAAGAUUAUACUACGGGGCCAACCAGGACUAAUGCGAUGGAUCUUAGGGAAUACAUGUUGGAGUGGUGGCUGUCACAUAGCAAAACAUCUCUAAGAGGAUUAUUAAGAAAAUGAUUCAACAUUGG